AUGGAGAAAAAGAUAGUGCGCAAAGGGCCGCUGCCUGGAGGUCGCCAGGGCGCGUCUGGAGCUGGCGCUGGACGCGACAGCAUGCGGGCCGCCAGCCGAGCGCGGGGUGUUGCAAGACCACCUAGCAGCCCCCCGCAUCCAUCAUCCCCACCAGAAGGCUUGGUGUCGGCUGGGUCUUCUCGGACUCAGCAAGCGGCACCCGCCGCUGGUGGAGCACGUCGCAUGCGUUGGUCUAAAUCAAUGAAUGAAAACGCACUGCGGGCGUAUUUUAGGGCAAAAGGGGAAGAAACUGGAUGUUUGGCGUAUCGGGCUCGGAUGCAUCGCUUUUUUGCAGAGCUGGAGCCAUCUCUAUCCGUCACUGAGCAAAACCUGGCAGACCGAGUUAGGUACAUCCUGCGCUCCAACAUAUUUGGUGACGCCGAACUCGAGCGACUACGACGUGAGGCUAUUCCUUCAUCGAAUGGAAAUGCUACGGCUGGGAAUGCGGCGCCACUAGAUGCGCAACAAACUGCAUAUGUGGAUGCUGCCGUCAACAUUCCAUUUGUGGCUAAUUCAGACGAUGAUGGAAUAGUCUCCCACGAACUAGAGAAAAUGAGGAGCAUAUUGGAAGAGUCGAUGCUGGAAACGCGCAGCAUGCCUCUCGAAAAUCGACCGCGACUUCCCCGCAUACCCCUUAGCAAGCGAAAUCGGGCUGUCGUGCGGGCUCUUAACCCAAUGCUGGUGACCUAUUUGGAAGCCAGCCGGGACCUUUGCGAGACGGAUUCAAUUCUUUUUGGCGCCGCACUGGCAGUAUGCCGUAUUAUUGGCGCCAAACUUCCCGUGGCUGGACGUGCUACUCAAAAAAGUAGCGCCAUCCCAGCCUGGAGAAAAAGAAUUGAGGACCGUAUCGCAAAGGCAAGGGCCCUUAUCGGCAGACUGACAAGCUUCAGGUCGGGUAAUAAUAGACCGAGGAUUAUGCGCACCGUUAGGAUGGCGUUUGCUGGGACAAAUAUCAAUUUGUUCCAGCCGGAUAUCACGCAAAAACUAACGGAGCGCAUAGAUGACCUGAAGCAAAAAAUCGCUGCUUGGGGGAAGCGGAUUCGACGAUUUAGCGAGAGGUCAAGGCGGUUCAACCAGAAUCGUCUCUUCCAGAGUGAUCAGAAGAGGCUCUAUAAAACAUUGGAGCGACCAAAGGUAUGUGGAGCGGGCCCAGGACCGGAUCAGGCUGACACUGUCGCAUUUUGGCGUGGCCUGUGGUCAGAGCCCGUAAACCACAGCGAGGGCCCUUGGAUGGAAGUUGUGGCGAGCCAGAGUGCAAGUGUUACGCCUAUGGACCCCGUCACCAUAACGCCUGAAGACGUGGCUGAGGCGGUCCGUAGGGCCCCGAACUGGAAAAGUCCGGGGCUCGACGGGCUGCAUCAUUACUGGCUGAAGGGGUUCGUAGUGUGUCACGCUGUGCUCGCCCGACAGUUUCAAGAGGCUCUCGAUCAGAAGUCGCUCCCGAGCCUCUUCACUACUGGGAUCACUCACUUGGUUCCUAAAGAUCAGGAUACCACAGACCCGAGCAAAUACCGCCCCAUCACGUUUGACGGCUGGAUGGAUCCUUUUUCGCAAUACCAGAUAUCUGGCUUCUUUGAGUUCUUAGAUUAA